UACCCGCCAUCAUCCCGCCAGACAUCCCAUGAAGAGGGCAAGGAGUGGUUGAGAUCACAUUCUACAGGAGGCCUCCAGGAUACUGGUAGCCAGUCACCCCUGUCUCCCCCAGGAGCUUCAUGCACCACCACUGGAAAAUACCACUACUCUAACUUAUUGAGCCCGACCACCAUCGGCCAGUACAGCCUGACCCCGGGCAGCAGCAGCAUGAGCCGCUCCAACAGCAUCCCUGCCCAGGACUCCUUCGACCUGUACGGGGAGGGUCACCCACUGGGGGGCAGUGCAACUUCCUUGGAGGAGCGACCUCGGGCCAUCAGCCGCUCCGGUUCCUUCAGAGACAGCACCGACGAAGUCCAUGGCUCUUCAUUGUCUCUGGUAUCCAGCACAUCCUCACUGUACUCCGCGACUGAGGAAAAAGCUCAUUCAGAGGGCCAAACAGUCCAAAAUUCCACGCAAAUCAGAAAGCUGCGUCGGGAGUUGGAUGCAUCUCAAGAGAAGGUGGCUACCCUCACAUCUCAGCUGGCUGCUAAUUCCCACCUGGUCGCAGCCUUUGAGAAGAGCCUGAGUAACAUGACCUGCCGCCUGCAGAGCCUCACCAUGACCGCCGAGCAAAAGGAGUCUGAGUUGGCUGAGUUGAGAGAAACCAUUGAGACGCUGAAGACUCAGAACACAGAUGCCCAAACAGCCAUCCAGGUGGCCCUCAACGGUCCGGACCACCUCCACAAAGACCUGCGGAUCCGACGGCAGCACUCGUCAGAAAGUAUGUCCAGCAUUAACAGUGCCGCCAGUCACUCCAGUAUGGGCAGCAUGGGCAAGGAUGCAGAGGAUAAAAAAAAGAAGAAAAAGAACUGGGUGGCUGAUUCCAUCCCAGCUCAGUUACGCAGCUCUUUCAAACAUGCCUUCAGCAAGAAGAAAACAAAGUCCCAGUCAGCCCCUGAUGAGAUGGAGGAGAUGACUGACUCCCUUCCAUCCUCCCCCAAACUGCAGCAUGACAACAGACAAGGCAGCAUUGCCACGCUGCGGUCUUCACCCUCCACCACUGAGCUAUGUGAAUGCACCGAGGCCGAGGCAGAAAUCAUCCUCCAGCUGAAAAAUGAGCUUAGAGAGAAGGAGCUAAAGCUGACAGACAUCCGCCUGGAGGCACUAAGCUCUGCCCACCACCUGGACCAGAUCCGGGAAGCCAUGAACCGCAUGCAGAACGAGAUUGAGACACUGAAAGCGGAAAACGAUCGUCUCAAGUCGAGCGGCAACGCCACCCCAACAGCCACUCCCAUCAAGACAGCCAGACCACCGUCUGAGACCUCCAGCACCUCCUCAUCCUCCUCCCGUCAAUCCUUAGGGCUAUCCCUCAAUAACCUCAACAUCACAGACACCAUCAUGUCAGAUAUUUUGCUGGAUGACAGCUACGAGGGAAAUUUACGUAAAGAAGGUCGGAGCGUGCGAAUAGUGGUCAGCAUCACUACUGGACCGAAUGUCACCAAGGGCAAGAAAAGCCAGGACUAUCUGAUUGGGUCCAUAGGUGUAAGUGGGAAAACAAAGUGGGACGUCCUGGAUGGGGUCAUUCGCCGCCUUUUCAAAGAGUAUGUGUUUCGGGUGGAUCCCGGGACCAGCCUGGGGCUCAGCUCAGACAGCAUUGUCAGCUACAGGAUGGGCGAGGUGAUUCGCUCCCACACCUCUGAAGUGCCUGAGCUCUUACCCUGUGGCUACCUGGUGGGCGACAACAACAUUAUCAAAGUGAAUCUUAAAGGCUUGAAGGAGAACAGCAUAGACAGCCUUGUGUUUGACACUCUCAUUCCAAAGCCCAUAAUCCAGCGGUACCUCAACCUGUUGAUGGAGCACCGGCGGAUCAUCCUCUCCGGACCCAGUGGCACAGGAAAAUCCUUCCUUGCUGCCAAGUUGGCUGAGUUCAUUAUUUCCCAGAUGGGGCAGGAAGUGACAGAGCAUAAUGUGGCCAGUUUCAAUGUGGACCAGAAUUCCAGCAAGGACCUGCGGCAGUACCUGUCUACCCUGGCGGAGCAGUGCAACUCUGAAGACACAGAUGUACAGCUCCCCUCUGUGGUCAUCCUGGACAACCUGCACCAUAUUGGCUCUCUCAGUGACAUAUUCAAUGGUUUCCUCAACUGCAAGUACCACAAAUGCCCUUAUGUUAUUGGGACCAUGAGCCAGGGAGUUUCCACCUCUCCCAACCUUGAACUUCACCACAACUUCAGGUGGGUUCUGUGCACCAACCACACAGAGCCAGUCAAAGGUUUUCUGGGUCGCUUCCUGAGGAGGAAGCUGAUCGAGACAGAGAUCAGUAAAAACAUGCGCAGCAAUGACCUGAUUAAGAUCAUUGACUGGAUCCCCAAGACCUGGCACCACCUCAACAGCUUCCUGGAGGCACACAGCUCCUCUGAUGUCACUAUUGGACCUCGUCUCUUCCUGUCCUGUCCCUUGGAAGCGGAAGGCUCUCGGGUUUGGUUCACUGACCUGUGGAACUACUCCCUCGUUCCCUACCUGCUAGAGGCUGUGCGAGAAGGCCUACAGCUUUACGGUAAAAGAGCCGCAUGGGAAGAUCCCUCCAAAUGGGUGAACGACACUUAUCCGUGGAACAUCGCCUCACUGCAGCAAGAUGGGCAGACUUUGCUCCAGCUUCGGCCAGAGGAUGUGGGCUAUGACAGCUACACCUCAUCCAAGGAGGGGACAUCGUCCAAGCAAGUGUCUCAGAGCGACACUGAGGGAGACCCAUUGGAGUAUGUGUUUCGGGUGGAUCCCGGGACCAGCCUGGGGCUCAGCUCAGACAGCAUUGUCAGCUACAGGAUGGGCGAGGUGAUUCGCUCCCACACCUCUGAAGUGCCUGAGCUCUUACCCUGUGGCUACCUGGUGGGCGACAACAACAUUAUCAAAGUUAAUCUUAAAGGCUUGAAGGAGAACAGCAUAGACAGCCUUGUGUUUGACACUCUCAUUCCAAAGCCCAUAAUCCAGCGGUACCUCAACCUGUUGAUGGAGCACCGGCGGAUCAUCCUCUCCGGACCCAGUGGCACAGGAAAAUCCUUCCUCGCUGCCAAGUUGGCUGAGUUCAUUAUUUCCCAGAUGGGGCAGGAAGUGACAGAGCAUAAUGUGGCCAGUUUCAAUGUGGACCAGAAUUCCAGCAAGGACCUGCGGCAGUACCUGUCUACCCUGGCGGAGCAGUGCAACUCUGAAGACACAGAUGUACAGCUCCCCUCUGUGGUCAUCCUGGACAACUUGCACCAUAUUGGCUCUCUCAGUGACAUAUUCAAUGGUUUCCUCAACUGCAAGUACCACAAAUGCCCCUAUGUUAUUGGGACCAUGAGCCAGGGAGUUUCCACCUCUCCCAACCUUGAACUUCACCACAACUUCAGGUGGGUUCUGUGCACCAACCACACAGAGCCAGUCAAAGGUUUUCUGGGGCGCUUCCUGAGGAGGAAGCUGAUCGAGACAGAGAUCAGUAAAAACAUGCGCAGCAAUGACCUGAUUAAGAUCAUCGACUGGAUCCCCAAGACCUGGCACCACCUCAACAGCUUCCUGGAGGCACACAGCUCCUCCGAUGUCACUAUUGGACCUCGUCUCUUCCUGUCCUGUCCCUUGGAAGCGGAAGGCUCUCGGGUUUGGUUCACUGACCUGUGGAACUACUCCCUCGUUCCCUACCUGCUAGAGGCUGUGCGAGAAGGCCUACAGCUUUACGGUAAAAGAGCCGCAUGGGAAGAUCCCUCCAAAUGGGUGAACGACACGUAUCCGUGGAACAUCGCCUCACUGCAGCAAGAUGGGCAGACUUUGCUCCAGCUUCGGCCAGAGGAUGUGGGCUAUGACAGCUACACCUCAUCCAAGGAGGGGACAUCGUCCAAGCAAGUGUCUCAGAGCGACACUGAGGGAGACCCAUUGAUGAACAUGCUGCUACGGCUGCAGGAGGCAGCUAACUACUCCAGCACACAGAGCUGCGACAGCGACAGCACAAGUCACCAUGACGACCAGCUGGACUCCUCACUGGAGUCGGCCCUA